GAGAGUUGAAAGUGAAGUGAUAAGAAGGCAUGGCGUCAGAGAGGGAAGGAGCGGUCGUAAUGAAGGGGCACGCAGAGGGAUUAAAGCAGGCGGCAGCUCUGCUGAAGGAAUUCGGGCUUCCUGAGGGACUGUUGCCUCUUGCAGAUGUGGUGGAGGUGGGUCAUGUGAAGAGCAGUGGUUACAAGUGGAUUUCUCAGAAGAAGAAGGUGGAGCACACUUUCAAGCUCAUCUCUAAGCAGGUCAGCUACGAUACGGAGAUCCAUGGGUACAUUCAGAAUGGGCGUAUAAAGAAACUAAAGGGAGUGAAGGCCAAGGAGAUGCUCAUCUGGGCUCCUGUGGGCGAUAUCACCGUGGAGAGCCCUCCCACUGGGAAAAUACAGUUCAAGAGUCUGGUCGGCAUUACUAAGACCUUCCCCGUCGAGGCCUUCGCUGCAGGCCAGUGAUGCCUCGCAGUCAUGAAACCUUCUUAGUACUACAUACAUUAU